AUGAGACAAGACGGGAGAGGGGGAAGGUUGAAGAACUGGCUAUCCAAACUCAAAAACAAAGAGAAGACAUGGUGGGUUUUAUGGAAAAGAACAAACAAAAGCAGAACGAACUGGAACUCAUGAAUGACAAGAUUGAAAGAGAGAAACAAGACAUCGAAGACAGUCGGGAUGUGCUAACAAAGGAGAGAGUGGAGCUGGAACAAAUGAGGAGUGAGAUACAGCAACAGAGAGAGGAGACAGAAUCUCACAUGGAAGACCAAAGGAAAGAGAAAGAGCAUUUGGAACAAAUGACGACGGACAUGAAAAAACAGUUGCUAGAGGUGGACAAUGACAAGGAAAUGAUACAAAGUUCAAUGGGUGAACUGAGAGUGAAAGAGGCAGAAAUGGUGAGAGAAAAAGACAACAUGGAUAACAAGAUGGCUAGGCUCAAUGAGGAAGAGGAUAGAAAGCGGGAAGAAAUAGGAAGGAAAAUGGACAUCUUAAAGCAGGAAAGUUGUGAAAUCACAAGACUUAGAGAUGAAAUUGACAGUGAAAAGGACCAGCUGAAUGCAAAAUUGCUUGAGUUGGAAAAAAUGCGUGAAGAACUAGAUAGACAGAAGAAGGAAGUGAAAGACAGGAAGGAUGAAACACUGAAAGAGAAAGAUCAGUUGGAAGAGAGGCGAGGUAAGAUAAGUAAGGAGAAAGAGGAAUUGGAUAUCAGUCUUGAACUGAUGAAAAGACAAAGGGAAGACUUGACGAGCUUGAAGGCUGAAGCAGAAGUACAGACCGAACCUAUGGAAACAGACUGGAAGGAAAAGCUCACGAGGGAAAGACAACAACUUCAAGAUGUAAAAGAGGAGAUACAGAAGGAAAAAGAAACCUUUGAGAGAAAGAAGGGAUUGACCAUGAAAGAAAGAGAUGAGUUUGAUCUGAUGAAGUCUGAAACCCAGGGACAAUUGGAGGAAAUAGAACAAAACAAACAAGACAUUCGUGUGGAGAAGGAAAAGCUGGAUCAGAUCAAAGCUGAGUUAGAAAGACGGUCUGAAGACAUCAAUCAUGUCAUGGAUGAGACAAGACGGGAGAGGGGGAAGGUUGAAGAACUGGCUAUCCAAACUCAAAAACAAAGAGAAGACAUGGUGGGUUUUAUGGAAAAGAACAAACAAAAGCAGAACGAACUGGAACUCAUGAAUGACAAGAUUGAAAGAGAGAAACAAGACAUCGAAGACAGUCGGGAUGUGCUAACAAAGGAGAGAGUGGAGCUGGAACAAAUGAGGAGUGAGAUACAGCAACAGAGAGAGGAGACAGAAUCUCACAUGGAAGACCAAAGGAAAGAGAAAGAGCAUUUGGAACAAAUGACGACGGACAUGAAAAAACAGUUGCUAGAGGUGGACAAUGACAAGGAAAUGAUACAAAGCUCAAUGGGUGAACUGAGAGUGAAAGAGGCAGAAAUGGUGAGAGAAAAAGACAACAUGGAUAACAAGAUGGCUAGGCUCAAAGAGGAAGAGGAUGGAAUGCGGGAAGAAAUAGGAAGGAAGAUGGACAUCUUAAAGCAGGAAAGUUGUGAAAUCAAAAGACUUAGAGAUGAAAUUGACAGUGAAAAGGACCAGCUGAAUGCAAAAUUGCUUGAGUUGGAGAAAAUGCGUGAAGAACUAGAAAGAGAGAAGAAGGAAGUGAACAACAGGAAGGAUGAAACACUGAAAGAGAAAGAUCAGUUGGAAGAGAGGCGAGGUAAGAUGAGCAAGGAGAAAGAGGAAUUGGAUAUCAGUCUUGAACUGAUGAAAAGACAAGGGGAAGACUUGACGAGCUUGAAGGCUGAAGCAGACGCACAGACCGAGGCUAUGGAAACAGACUGGAAGGAAAAGCUCACGAUGGAAAGACAACAACUUGAAGAUGUAAAGGAGGAGAUACAGAAGGAAAAAGAAGCCUUUGAGAGAAAGAAGGGAUUGACCAUGAAAGAAAGAGAUGAGUUUGAUCUGAUGAAGUCUGAAACCCAGGGACAAUUGGAGGAAAUAGAACAAAACAAACAAGACAUUCGUGUGGAGAAGGAAAAGCUGGAUCAGAUCAAAGCUGAGUUAGAAAGACGGUCUGAAGACAUCAAUCAGCUCAUGGAUGAGACAAGACGGGAGAGGGGGAAGGUUGAAGAACUGGCUAUCCAAACUCAAAAACAAAGAGAAGAAAUGGUGGGUUUUAUGGAAAAGAACAAACAAAAGCAGAACGAACUGGAACUCAUGAAUGACAAGAUUGAAAGAGAGAAACAAGACAUCGAAGAAAGUUGGGAUGUGCUAACAAAGGAGAGAGAGGAGCUGGAACAAAUGAGGAGUGAGAUACAGCAACAGAGAGAGGAGACAGAAUCUCACAUGGAAGACCAAAGGAAAGAGAAAGAACAUUUGGAACAAAUGACGACGGACAUGAAAAAACAGUUGCUAAAGGUGGACAAUGACAAGGAAAUGAUACAAAGCUCAAUGUGUGAACUGAGAGUGAAAGAGGCAGAAAUGGUGAGAGAAAAAGACAACAUGGAUAACAAGAUGGCUAGGCUCAAAGAGGAAGAGGAUGGAAUGCGGGAAGAAAUAGGAAGGAAGAUGGACAUCUUAAAGCAGGAAAGUUGUGAAACCAAAAGACUAAGAGAUGAAAUUGACAGUGAAAAGGACCAGCUGAAUGCAAAAUUGCUUGAGUUGGAAAAAAUGCGUGAAGAACUAGAUAGAGAGAAGAAGGAAGUGAAAGACAGGAAGGAUGAAACACUGAAAGAGAAAGAUCAGUUGGAAGAGAGGCGAGGUAAGAUAAGUAAGGAGAAAGAGGAAUUGGAUAUCAGUCUUGAACUGAUGAAAAGACAAAGGGAAGACUUGACAAGCUUGAAGGCUGAAGCAGAAGUACAGACCGAACCUAUGGAAACAGACUGGAAGGAAAAGCUCACGAUGGAAAGACAACAACUUGAAGAUGUAAAGGAGGAGAUACAGAAGGAAAAAGAAGCCUUUGAGAGAAAGAAGGGUUUGACCAUGAAAGAAAGAGAUGAGUUUGAUCUGAUGAAGUCUGAAACACAGGGACAAUUGGAGGAAAUAGAACAAAACAAACAAGACAUUCGUGUGGAGAAGGAAAAGCUGGAUCAGAUCAAAGCUGAGUUAGAAAGACGGUCUGAAGACAUCAAUCAGCUCAUGGAUGAGACAAGACGGGAGAGGGGGAAGGUUGAAGAACUGGCUAUCCAAACUCAAAAACAAAGAGAAGAAAUGGUGGGUUUUAUGGAAAAGAACAAACAAAAGCAGAACGAACUGGAACUCAUGAAUGACAAGAUUGAAAGAGAGAAACAAGACAUCGAAGACAGUCGGGAUGUGCUAACAAAGGAGAGAGUGGAGCUGGAACAAAUGAGGAGUGAGAUACAGCAACAGAGAGAGGAGACAGAAUCUCACAUGGAAGACCAAAGGAAAGAGAAAGAGCAUUUGGAACAAAUGACGACGGACAUGAAAAAACAGUUGCUAGAGGUGGACAAUGACAAGGAAAUGAUACAAAGCUCAAUGGGUGAACUGAGAGUGAAAGAGGCAGAAAUGGUGAGAGAAAAAGACAACAUGGAUAACAAGAUGGCUAGGCUCAAAGAGGAAGAGGAUGGAAUGCGGGAAGAAAUAGGAAGGAAGAUGGACAUCUUAAAGCAGGAAAGUUGUGAAAUCAAAAGACUUAGAGAUGAAAUUGACAGUGAAAAGGACCAGCUGAAUGCAAAAUUGCUUGAGUUGGAGAAAAUGCGUGAAGAACUAGAAAGAGAGAAGAAGGAAGUGAACAACAGGAAGGAUGAAACACUGAAAGAGAAAGAUCAGUUGGAAGAGAGGCGAGGUAAGAUGAGCAAGGAGAAAGAGGAAUUGGAUAUCAGUCUUGAACUGAUGAAAAGACAAAGGGAAGACUUGACAAGCUUGAAGGCUGAAGCAGAAGUACAGACCGAAGCCUAUGGAAACAGACUGGAAGGAAAAGCUCACGAUGGAAAGACAACAACUUGAAGAUGUAAAGGAGGAGAUACAGAAGGAAAAAGAAGCCUUUGAGAGAAAGAAGGGUUUGACCAUGAAAGAAAGAGAUGAGUUUGAUCUGAUGAAGUCUGAAACACAGGGACAAUUGGAGGAAAUAGAACAAAACAAACAAGACAUUCGUGUGGAGAAGGAAAAGCUGGAUCAGAUCAAAGCUGAGUUAGAAAGACGGUCUGAAGACAUCAAUCAGCUCAUGGAUGAGACAAGACGGGAGAGGGGGAAGGUUGAAGAACUGGCUAUCCAAACUCAAAAACAAAGAGAAGAAAUGGUGGGUUUUAUGGAAAAGAACAAACAAAAGCAGAACGAACUGGAACUCAUGAAUGACAAGAUUGAAAGAGAGAAACAAGACAUCGAAGACAGUCGGGAUGUGCUAACAAAGGAGAGAGAGGAGCUGGAACAAAUGAGGAGUGAGAUACAGCAACAAAAGAGGAGACAGAAUCUCACAUGGAAGACCAAAGGAAAGAGAAAGAACAUUUGGAACAAAUGACGACAGACAUGAAAAAACAGUUGCUAGAGGUGGACAAUGACAAGGAAAUGAUACAAAGUUCAAUGGGUGAACUGAGAGUGAAAGAGGCAGAAAUGGUGAGAGAAAAAGACAACAUGGAUAACAAGAUGGCUAGGCUCAAAGAG